UCAUCCUCCUUCCCUCUUCUUCUGAUGCAGAACACUGUAACCAUGCAUCCCGGGGAGAUUGCCGGCAUCUGCUACCUUUCACCUUCGAGUUCAGCUUCUCUCCGAGCCCAUUACAGCAUGUCACAGAACAACAUUACCUCCUCCCAGUUCAGCAGUCUCUUCGGGCCAUACAUCGCACAACAAUUCCAGACCGAGCCAACCAUGCAAGGCUUCGGUGCGGUCGGCCACCAACUGAGCGCAGCAGAAGAGAGGAGGAAGAGAAGGAUGAUAUCGAAUAGGGAGUCGGCGCGGCGGUCGCGGAUGAGAAAGCAGAAGCGCCUGAGCGAGUUGUGGUCGCAGGUCAUCCAUCUGCGGUCGGCCAACUGCCAUCUGCUAGAUGAGCUAAACCGUGUGAGGAGAGAGCGUGUUCAGAUCAUCCAUGAGAACGACCGGCUGAGAGUCGAAGAAACUGAGCUCCACAAGAGACUUGGGAAUCUAAUCCCGGAGUUCGCUUGUGCUCCACGGCGCGCAAACCAGUCUCAAUUUCAUGGGAGCUGAACCAGUGAACCGACAGACAGCUGCCUGCGUCCGCAGAGGGAGAUGCUUCUUUUUCCUCUGCUUUCCUCAUUCUUCUCGUUUCAGCUUUCUGUGACAUGCAGAACAUUAGUUUCUUGCCAUACAAUUCCACCUAAUUUUAGCUGCAUGCUGAGAUCUAAAUAAAGAUGUCAAAUUCUGCUUGACAAACUUCCGUAGACUAAUCCAUUCAAUUAGCGUAAAUCAGAAGGAGGCAGCUCGAUCAACAAAGAAACAGAAUGAAGCGGCUUCAUGAACAAGGAGCUGACUUUGUUUCUGAGAACAGAGGACAUGUGGUGGGUCUAAGUGGAUUGCUCUUAUUAGAGAGAUCAUCUCUCUAUAUGUCCUGUGAAAAGGUCCACUCAAAUGGGCAACACUGUUCUCCGACGCCAACUUUUCCGAGGCACGAAUGCUUGGCCUGUAAAGGUUGAGUUCAAUUGGCUUGUCUGUGCUGUUCCAGGCGACAUCCUGCAGUUUGUGUCCAUGGAUUGUCUCUAUGAAUGCAAAACAUUCUUCCAUAUCCCAGUCUGGUGGUUUGAUAAGGAGGGAGGAAACGUGAGUCUGACUUGUGUCUUAAUAAGAACUGUUCAUCCACAUAAAUUAGGUAAUCGUGAUGGAAUAAGAUUUGUUAGGUAAAUAUAUUCAUCCUCAA